AUGAAUGUGAUAAAAACAUUUUCAGAAGAGAUUCAGAAAUGUCUUGAGGAUCCAGAUAAAUUAGCAGGUCUUUUUCUGAGAUAUGAAAGACGACUUGCUAUGUAUGUAAAGUAUUGUGAAAACAAACCCAAGUCAGAAUAUAUUGUGUCUGAAUACAUUGACACCUUCUUUGAGGAAAUCCGACAGAAAUUAGGUCACAGAUUAAAUCUUGCAGACCUUCUUAUAAAACCUGUACAAAGAAUAAUGAAAUAUCAACUUAUUUUAAAGGAUAUUUUAAAGUAUACAGAACGUGCAGGACUAGACUCAGCUCAACUUCGACGUGCAUACAAUGUGAUGUGUGUAGUUCCUAAAGAUGCCAACGAUAUGAUGCAGUUUGGUAGACUUCAAGGAUACACUGGUAAAAUAACUGCUGUAGGGAAAUUACUGCUUCAGGACACCUUAUUGGUUGCCGAGGUAACAAGUGGCGGCUCAAGUUCUAAAGGGAAUCAGCUCAAGUUUAAAGAGAGGCGUGUAUUUCUGUUUGAACAAAUUAUUCUCUUCAGUGAAAUGAUAGAAAAGAAGCGAGGAAAUAUUGUCAGUGCUUACUAUCUAUUCAAAAACAGUUUGAAGGUGAGAUAUUUCUACUUGGUCGAUGAUACUAAGAAAGUGAGUAGAGGGCCAUAUAGAGAUGAUGCAAGUUUUUUUGAAAAUGCUAAGAACUGGUUUUGCAAAAUGCAGGGAGAUUUUCUCAGAGCUCUACAGUCACCAAUAGCAUUCUAUAACAAAGAAAAAGAGCAAACUAAAGAAUUGUCAACAUCAGAUAUUGGUUAUAAAAACAAAGAUGGACAACUCCGCAAAACUAAUUCCCAACCUCAUUCUUCCAGGGGCAGUAACUCUAAUCAACAGGGUAUUGUGAAGGGUCGUACUCCAGAUGAAACACAUAAACAUUUCCGUUGUAAAUCAGUCCCAACCCCAUUAAAUGAAGUACCCAAUCAAAAAACUGACUGUAAUGAAGGAGAAGGAGCAUGUGCACGGGAAACAUCUUGUCCCAGCUCACCGACAGAGUGUUCAAAAACUUAUGAGAAAGAUGGUAAAAAGACAUUUAGUACUAGUUUAGAAGGCAGUGAUUCUGUUAAACCCAAAAAACAAACAGUUAUGGAUGGAUUUAGAAAUACUCUAAAAAAAUCAAAAAAUGAUAAUAGUGGGGCUAAACUGGAUUCAAGUUAUGCAAAUUCGGUAGAUUCGGAGGCGGAGAAUGUCAAUCAAGAAAAUGUAACUCCGCCCACAAAUUCAAACGGAACAGAAAGAUUGGACAAUGAGCAAAAUGCGCUGAUAGAGUCUGGUACAAUAGCUGUUGGACGUGUUUUGUUUACCUAUAAUGCUGUUCGUGAGGAUGAAAUCUCUGUGCAGAAAGGUGAAACAGUACAUGUGAUAGGCACAAACCAGUACAACAUGUUUCUAAUACACCGACCAGCUAACCUCAUAUCUCCUGCUGCAGAAGGUGUUGUUCCUAUGUAUGUUGUUGGAGCUAAAGAUGGUGAUCCAACUUUUAAGAGGAAUACAUGGCAACUGUUCAAACAUAAAACUAAAUCACCAACAGCCAGUGACAGGUUUGAGUGGAAUGGAAUGAGCAGUUUUGAAGUACGCAGUAAAACCCUUCCUCUUACCAAGGAAGGUAAAUCUAACAAGGUAUUAACUACAUACAGCAACCAUUUUAUAAACACAAAAUGCCAAGUGGAAUCUAAACAAGCAAACUAUGCAAAGAAGUAUGGUAUUUCUUAUGAGAUUGAAGUUGAAAUAGCACAUAGAAAAUCUGUUGAUCCAGCAGAACUUCACAUUUGUGCUCAAUUUGCAAUCGGAUUGGCACUAAAAUGUAUACGGACAUCAGAAAUGUGUAACAUAGCAUGGGUGCUAUCUGUAGAAGGAAACAAAAAAAUACCAGUCCUUCCUGACCAAAGAACUGUGAUAUCUUACAGAGAAGAUGGUGUUGUUACACUUCAGAUAUCUCAAGUUACAAUAGCUGACAGUGGAGAAUACACAUGUGUUGCUAAUAGUGAUAUAGGAGGUGUUGUAACCAAGGCAACAUUAAGCGUACUUGACCGUCCUGAUCCUCCCUGUAAACCAGAGGUGAAAACCCAAGUAGGAACAUCAGUACAUCUUGAGUGGCAGCCACCAGCUACCAUGCCAACUGGACAAAUACAGGGUUACACCAUAGAGUUAAAUGAAGUUGGUCUUGAGUAUUGGCAAGCUGGUAUACCUUAUGUACCAAAUACCUCUCAAGUUAUUGGUGACUUAAAUCCAGGUUCCAUGUACCAAUAUUUAUUACUAACUUACUUAGAUAUCAAAAACCCAAUGUCCUAUUCAAGUUCAGUUAUACAGUUUACUUUCAGAAUGCCACAGGGGCGUUUGUUUGACCACAUUUGUAACUCUAGUCAGUUUGAUGAAAUGGUAGCAGGAGAUUUUGUACGACAGAUUCUGGAGGCCAUACAGUUCCUACAUAAUUGUAGGAUUGCUCACCUUGAUAUAAAGCCGGAAAAUGUUUUAUGUGACACCAACAAUGGUUUGACUGUAGUUAAGCUGACAGAUUUUGGUGAUGCAAGACACAUUUAUAAUAAUUACUAUGUCCAUGCUGCAAGUGGAGAUCCAGAAUUCCUUGCACCAGAAAUUGUAGCUGCAAUGCCUGUUGGACUACUUUCAGAUAUCUGGAGUAUUGGAGUGGUGGUUUAUGUCAUGUUGAGUGGUGUGUCACCAUUUCUAGAUGAGAGUGAUGAGGAGACAUGUUCUAAUAUACUGCGCAAUGACUUCUGCUUCCCUGAAGAAUUCUUUGCUGGGAUAUCAUCUGAGGCUAAAGAUUUUAUACGUUCAAUGCUGAUUGAUGACCUAGGAAAAAGACCAAAUGCUCAGACAUGUUUAGAGAAUGUAUGGAUAAAGAAAGCUUGUGUGCCACACCCAUCUCAACUCAGGCCACGUCCAAUAGCUUCAGCUCGCCUUGCACAUUUUGUUGACAGACGGAAACAUCUUAUGGCUUCAUAAAAAGGGCUGGAAUAAAUUCAGACAGAACUAAAUCAAGCUUUAUAUUGCAUAAAAGUGAUUUAUGACCAUAUACACAAAGUGCAACAGUGUUACAUACAACUUCAGUUUCAAGAUUUUGAUAUAGUGUUAAUAUCACAUAAGUAACUUAUAUGGUUUAGUUAAUGUAAACACAUCAUGUUUUAGAUAUUGUUUGUAUAAAGUAUUUAUUAGAAAUGAAUGAGAUAUAUGAGUGAUAUGUCAGUUUUUUCACUUAGUGCUCACAUAACUUACAAUUAUCAUGUAAUGUAAACAAGUUAAGUUUAUAAGACUUUUGUAAGAUAUACAUGUAUGUAUCAAUCUUAGAUUUUGAUUACAAAAUGUAAUAUAUUCAACUUAACAUUGUAUCAUAUUUUCACAUUAAUACUGUAUAUUUAAUGUAUAUCAGCACUAAAUUACCAUUUAUAGUUAAUUUUGAUGCUGUUGACAGAAAGCUCUGUCAUUGUUUACAACAUUUUAAGUUUGUAUUAUACAUUAUACAAGACUAUGUUAAUACAUUUAUUGACACCAAAGUAUUUAAAGACCACCUUAGUAAUUAUCCCCCGCCAAGGGAAUCGGGAGGGGGAUAUUUUUUUGGCGUUGUCCAUCUGUCAUUUCGUUUGUUCGUCCGAAUUUCGCUACUUCUCUGCAACUACUGAAACUUUAUGGGAACCUUCAAUACCAACAGAAGAUGCGCAUAUCGUCGCAUUGUUCCGGUCAGACACUUUAACUCAAGAGUUAUGGCCCUUGAUUAGUUAUGCAGUAUGCAUAUAGAACAAAAAUCGUUUCCACGCUACUUCUCUGCAACUACUGGCUUGAAUUCAAUGAAACUUUAUAGGAAUCAUAAAUAUCAAGAGGAGAUGCCCAUAUCAUUGGCUUGUUCCGGUCAGACACUUUAACUCAAGAGUUAUGGCCCUUGAUUAGUUAUGCAGUAUGCAUAUAGAGCAAACUUUAUGGGAACCUUCAAUACCAAGAGGAGAUGCGCAUAUCAUCACCUUGUUCCGGUCACACACUUUAACUCAGAGUUAUGACCCUUGAUUAGUUACGCAGUAUGCAUAUAGAGCAUUAAAUUAUAGAACCUUACUUCUCUGCAACUACUGGCUGGAAUAGGGAACGAUCUGAGAUAAGCAUCGUAUACGUCACUGAUAAGAGACCUGUUCUAAAAAUAGCCACACAUCGAUAACUUUCGGACAAGGAAACUGGUUAAUCUACAUGUAGAUUAUACAACAUGUAAUGGUUACGAAUACUUUUAAUCACAUUUCUUUCAAUGGAAAUGAUGUUCCUGGGGUUAAACUUGCGUAAAGCAUGAUUUGAGAU